GCGGGGGCAGCAUCUGCACGGGCCUCGCUCUUUCUGUCAGCUGUGUGUACACAUCACCCUACCUUCACUUACUUUACUAAACUUAUGCGUGGAGCUUUAACAGACUGAACUAUCAAAGUAUAUACUGACAGCUUUAUUACAUUCACUCAUGAUGAAGUGAUGGAUGACUUCAGAAAUGGACACUCCCCUUGAAUCUCCACUGUCCCAAGCAUCUUCUGUUCCUGCGGCUUUUGCUGCAUCUGGACACACGGCUCAUUCCUCUACUUCUUCUGGGGUUAGUCCCGCCCCUUCAGUAAUGACUCCACCCCCACACCUUGCUUCUCAAACGGGUCGAUCCCAGCUGAAUGCAGCCAGCAAUUCCCAUAAUGUCUUCUCAGGACAAUCUUCUUUUCCUCCUCAAGGGGAAAUCCCGGAGGAGCUGAGCAUUGAUGAGCUUAAACAGAGAGCUAAAAAUGGAGAUGCCCGAGCACAGACAGAGAUUGGUAGGUAUUACCUGAGACUAGCAGAACAUGAAGACGAGGAGAUAAACUGUGUCCAUGCGGUAACAUGGCUGAUUCAUGCGGCCAAAAACGGGCGAAGAGAUGCAGUGAAGCUUUUACAGCGUUGCCUGCAUGAUAAGAGGGGUAUCACCGCUGAGAACAGAGAGGAAGUGCGUUCGCUGGCAUGUGAAUCACGCUUUGAGCGCAGUGUCAGGAAAGCAGCUCUGUUAAUGUACUGGAAACUUAAUCCAGAGCGCAAGAAAACAAUCACUGCUUCUGAACUGCUGGAAAACAUGAGCCAACUCAACAAUGAGACGGAUGGUGCUCCCAUCAGCCCUCUCCCAAGCCCUGUACAAAAACAAAGAAAAGUUUUGGAGAGGCUGGUUUCAAGAGAUGGGACAGAUUAUGUAGGUGUAGAAGAGUUUGUUGAGAAUACUAAGCAGUAUGCUCAGGGUAUCUCUCCAACACUUGCCAUGGAUGGGGUGUCAGGGGAUGAUGAUGAUGACGAUGAUGAUGAAGAGCCAAUAAAGAACCCACAUGAACUUCCUUUGCAUCAGAAGGUGUUGAAGUUUCCUCUUCAUGCAGUGCUGGAGAUUAAAGAAGUCUUGAUCGACUGGGCGUCGCGUGCGGGCAUGCAGUGGAUUAGCGCCCUCAUUCCUACUCAUCACGUCAACACCCUGAUCUUCUUCUUCAUCAUCUCCAACCUCACCCUGGAGUUCUUCGUCCUAGUCAUCCCUCUCAUAGUAUUCUACCUCUCCUUUGUCUCGAUGGUAAUCUGUACGCUCAGAGUCUUUCAAAACAGCAAGGCGUGGGAGAACUUUCGAGCAUUAACCUCCAUGUUGGCUCAUUUUGAACCAGGGAUAGACCUGGAACAGGCCGAGUCCAAUUUCACGUGGAACCACUUAGAGCCAUACCUCUACUUCCUCAUGUCUGCGCUAUUCCUUAUCGUGUCAUUUCCUCUAACGGACAAGUCCUGGCUGCCAUGUUCUGAACUGGCCACAGUUGGAGUCUUCUUCACAGUAAGCAGCUACUUAAGUCUGCGACCAGCGGCACAGCAGCAUGCCAAGCUUGCCCUGCUCUCCCAGGUCGCCUCCGCCAUUUGCACCUUCACGAAUCUUCUGGUGGGAGGCUGGUUGGGCCGUAUAGUUGGUGGUGCUUGGUUAAGCAUACGCCUUGGUGACUUCUUGGUACUGCACUUGGGAGUGCCUUGCAUUUUAUAUCUAUACCUCCUUUACCUGUGCACUCAAAUGGCCACAGCAGGUGGCGCCCGUGGCUUCUACUGUGUCCUGCUGCCCUACCUAGUGUGCUUCAUCUGGUGCGAGUUGUCCGUCACACUGUUGCAAGAGUCCACAGUGUUGGGAUUGAUGCGCACGGCUGUGGGUUACCUACUUUUUUUCUUCGCUUUGCCAGUGUUGUCAUUGGCACUAGCAGCUGUACUACUGGUGCAGCUGGUGCAAUGGUUCCUCGCCCUGGAACUGACUAAAAUGGUCGUAACCGUGUGCAUUUGCGUGCUGCCCGUCCUGCUGCGCUGGUGGACGCGUUUUAGCGUAUCGCCUAUGGCAGUGUUGCGCUCCUUGCGCCGUAGCAGCGUUGUCAAGUUGAUCCUUGUGUGGAUUUCAGCUCUGGUGCUCUUCAGCUGGUUUUACGUCUACCGUUCGGAGGGAAUGAAGGUUUACAACUCCACUCUUACGUGGCAGCAAUACAGCGACCUGUGCGGUCCUCGUGCCUGGAAGGAGCGCAACAUGGCACACGCCCAGAUCCUUUGCAGCCACCUCGAGGGCCACCGUGUCACGUGGGAAGGACGGUUUAAGUACGUUCGCGUCACGGAGAUUGAGAACGGAGCGCAAGCCGUCAUCAACCUCCUGCCGGUCUUUAUAGCAGACUGGGUCCGCUGUCUGUACGGCGAGGAGUACCCGGCCUGCGACGCAACCCAGACGGGCCCCGCCGAACCACUGUGUCAGCUCAAGGCAUUUGCAAAGCACAAGUGCCACGUCAAACAUUUCGAUCACUACAAGUUCGAAGUGACUUUGGGGAUGCCGCAGGAAAAAAAGGGGCGUAAUGGGACUCAUGAUUUUGACGAUGCAACCAAAGACAUUGUGCUGCGGGCCAGUCACGAAUUUCGACGUGUUUUACUGGCACUCAGCUCGGGCAGCGUGGUGGAGUUCAGUACGGUACUCGAAGGCAGACUGGGUAGCAAAUGGCCGGUGUUCGAGCUCAAAGCGUUGGAUUGCAAGACUUGCGCUUCACCGCUUGUACGAAUACAACGGCAGGUCAAGAUAGAGCAAGACUGGAGGGUCAGCGCUAGAAGUGCCAUGGCGUUUGCCUUCAAUUUUCUGUUUCAACCCCUGCUCUCGAUUGAGGUGGAGGUCGCCGAAGCUUCUACAGAAGUGUCUGUAUGAAACAAAGUACUUUGGCAUACACUGCAGUAUUAAUCUCAAUUUUGAAAUGCAGAGAGACGGAGCGAGCACAUUAACUUAGUUGCUUGACGAAAGCACCAUAAAAAGCCAAAGGCGCUGUCGUUUUGUUUUUUGUGUUUCAUCCAUAACAGUGAACAAAUGACUAAGAUGGAUGUUCAGUAGCUGCUUUAGGAAUCAAACAAAGAGAUAUCACUACAAUCCCAGAACUUUUUCACAAAACUGAUUCAACUGUUAAUAAAUUAUAUGUAAUUUGAUGUAUCUUUUAUUAACAUAAAAAUGCAAAAUCUGAUCAAUUAGUCUGAUUUAAAUACAGUUUCAUACACUGGAUUUUCACAGUUUUGUAAAUGAUACAGCUGUUAUUCAUUUUUUCUAAUUUAGUUUAUUUUUUGGAUGAUAAUGCCUAGUGUGUGUGUGUGCGCGCGUGUGUGUGUGUGUGCGUGCGCGUGUGUGCGUGCAUGUGUGUGUGUGUUUUAUUUGUGCCUUAGAUUAGCAGAUGCGGUUUUCAAAAUACAUAAUUUAAGGCGUAUAGAACAACUUUGCAAGUGAUUUUUUUCUGUGAAAAUAGAGAUUUUGCUUAGACAAGUCUAUAACUAGAAGUUUAUAUUAAAAAAAAAUUGUGGGCUGUCAAACAUACUGUAAAUGUCUAUCUGGCAAUAAGAUCUAUUUGACGAAACUGUGAUCUUUGAUUGGAUAUGAUGUAAUGAU